AUGAAAAAGAAAAUUACUACUCUUCAAGUUAAACAAAAGGAAGAACUAAAAAGAGCAAGAGAUGAUGCUGAUGUUGAGAAUUUAUCUACUGGACAGUAUGAAAAGAUUCAAACUGUUUUAAUAAUUGACGAAAUCCAGUUGAUCUAUAAGAAUGGGAAACAAAACCAAGCUGAUGUGAGCAAGAAGUAUGCAGGAAGUGCAGCUGAUUUUUGGGAUACCAUUAAAUUGUCACAAAUGUCUUCUGUACUUCAGGCAAUUGUAAAAAAUCUCUUGCCAACAAAUUAUUGUAUUCCAGAACUCUCAUUAGUAAUGAAUGGCAAAAAGCCAAAAGGUUCAGUUAUUCAAUGUUUUUAUUCUAAGUGA